AUGGCUGCAGUCCCGCUCAAAUCCCGAGUCUUAGGCUCAAUCUGGGGAAACUGCGUAGCCGAUGCCCUAGGCGGCCCAGUCCAAUUCAUGAAAAAAGGAACAUUUGCCCCAAUCACGGAUUUGGAAUUUGUAAGACCAUUUCAGCAACCAGCUGGAUCUUAUUCUGACGACGGCGCUAUGACCCUCGCUCUAGCACAACAAUUUAUUGACAGUCCUAGACUCUACGACCAUGCGAUGACUAUCCAGUAUUUUCUUGAAUGGUGGAAAUACGGUCGCUUCAGUACUACUGACGAGGCGUGGGAUGUUGGUGUUUCGACUGGUCGCGCGCUCAAACUUUGGCUGAAGAGGGGAUUGGGCGGCAUCGAAGAGACGGGCCAGAUGAUUUCCGAUAGAUUAAUGAGGGAUGAAUUCUCGGGGAACGGGAGUCUUAUGCGUAUCGCGCCAGUUGGCGUGGCUAUGUUCUUUGAACCUGAAGCUGCGGCUCACAUUGCCAAGUUGCAGAGUCAGGUUACGCAUCCUGCACCUGCUUGUGUUGAGGCUUGUCAGGCGUAUACCGAUGUGAUCUGCGGGGCUAUGAGAGGUCAGUCAAAGGCACAGUUGAGCCAGAGGCUUGCUGCCUACAAUUUUACUCAUCCCGUGUUGGUUAAGCGGUUUGCGCAGUACAAUGUCAUCUCGGGUUGGACUUCUAAGACAGAUGCUGAUAUCAAGAGCAGUGGGUGGGUCAUAGAUACACUGGAAUGUGCAUUAUGGGCGUUUUUCAAGUUCGAGACUUGGGCUGACGGCGCACUUGCUGUGGUGAAUCUUGGUGAAGAUUCGGACUCGGCCGGUGCUGUAUAUGGAGCCCUGGCGGGUAUUUUCUAUGGGAUUGAGGCAAUUCCGCAACGAUGGGUAGACGAGAUGCAGAAUAAAGACCUGAUCCGUGAGAUUGCGGAGAAUUUCGCGGAAAAGGUUUAUAGGACUUAUGAAACAUGCGCAGUGUGA